AAUUAUUUAAGGUUAAAAUGUUGUGAUAUCUAAAAGGUGCUCGGUUCAGGGGAGAAAAAACCUAGAUAGAUUGAUUGAUCACAUAUGACAGAGUGUUAAUGAUCAUUGACUUCAAGCAGUGGGUACAUGGCUGUUUAUUACGCUAUGCCCUCAACUUGGUAUUUGAAAUUUUUCGUAAUAAAAAAAGUUAGAAAAAAUUAAAAGGGUAGGAAAACUUUAUCAGUAUAAAUGGAAAUUUAGAUCCUUUGCCACAAAUAAAAGAUUGCUAUGAAAAUGAACACAGUGCAAAAUCAAAUAACAGAUCUAGCUGGAUUCUGUGUCUGUGCCAAGGCUCCAGACUUUCUCCUUCAGGAAGAAUUAAGAGGAUGGAAAAGGGAAGCUGUCUCCCGGGACGAUGCAGAGCUCUCUGCCGUCUGGCUGGGGUCGUUCACACUGUUCCCUGGGCCCUGCUGUCCUGAGGACUUGCCCUCACCUCUCAGGUGCUGCUGUCCCGUAGUUGAUGUGGAGCCUGGGCCAUGGUUGCGAGCUCCCGCUCCCGCUAUGGACGAGAUCACCUUCAAAAGCGACACCGUGCUGUCAGACGUCCACCUCUACACCCCGAACCAGAGACAUCUCAUGGUGCGGCUGAACGGCAUGGGGCAGCCCGUCUUCCUGUCCCAGUUCAAGCUUCUGUGGAACCAAGACUCUUGGACAGACUCAGGGGCUGAGGGUGGCGAUCGCAGAGCCAACCCCUCAGAGGCGGCUCCUCCCGCCGGCUCGGGCAGCGCGUGGUCCCCCCCAGGGAGCGGCUGCAGCAGCAAGGGGGUCUCGCUCCAGGCGGGGGCUGACGUCACCAGCCAGGAGGGGCCGGCAGCUCAGCGGGACGAGGAUGGGGAUUUGGACGUUGUGAGAAGACCACAGGCUGCCGAGCCCUCGGGGCCUCCGAGAGACAAGGUACAUCCCAUGAUUCUAACUCAGGAGGAAGACGACGUCCUGGGAGACGAAGCACAGGAGAACGGCCCCUACGAUGUCAUCAAAAUAGAGCACACCAUGGCCACUCCCCUGGAGGAUGUCGGCAAGCAGGUGUGGCGGGGGGCCCUGCUCCUGGCGGACUACGUCCUGUUCCAGCGGGACCUCUUCCAGGGUCGCACGGUGCUGGAGCUCGGGGCGGGCACCGGGCUCGCCAGCAUCAUCGCAGCCACUGCCGCGCGGACCGUUUACUGCACAGAUGUCGGUGCAGAUCUCUUAGCCAUGUGCCAGCGAAACAUUGCCCUCAACAGCCACCUGACUGCCGCUGGAGGCGGUGUGGUUAAGGUCAAGGAACUGGACUGGCUGAAAGAUGACCUCUGCACGGAUCCCGAGGUCCCCUUCAGCUGGUCGAAGGAGGACGUCUCCGACCUGUACAGCCACACCACCAUCCUGCUCGCGGCUGAAGUGUUUUACGACGAUGACCUAACUGAUGCUGUGUUUAAAACACUCUCCCGACUGGCUCACAAGCUGAAGAACGCCUGCACCGCCAUCCUCUCGGUGGAGAAGAGGCUGAACUUCACGCUGCGGCACCUGGACGUCACGUGCGAGGCCUACGACCACUUCCGCUCGUGCCUGCGGCGGCUGGAGGGACUGGCCAGCGGGCGCCUGCGCUUCCAGGUGGAGCCAGUGGACGCCUCCUUCCCGCAGCUCCUGGUCUACGAGCGCAUCCAGCAGCUGGAGCUCUGGAAGGUCUUUGUGGAACCAGUCACAGGACCCAUUGCGUCUGCAAACACGGCUUCUUGACUGUUCUUGUGAUGUUUCUGAUAAAAUCCAAAGCUUAUGAAGUAACGUGCUUGAGAUUUUAUCAUUUAAAAAAUAUGGCAAAUGGACCGUAUCUAACCCAAUAUGGUUUUCUGCCUCCCAACAGCAGCCAGAGAACCUCAGUGCCCUGGGUGGGGACUCCAAUUAGCUGUGUGUGGUUUUUGUGCCACCAGCUUAGAUUACGUGAUGCAGGAUGUUUGAGAGCGGCUUGGUCGCGUUGCUUCUCAGCUUGG